AUGAAUCGAACUAUUCGAUUAAAUUAAAGAGUUCCAUAUUCUCUGAAUUAAUCUAUGACAAAUGGGUUGCCAGUGCUGAAUUAGGAUAAUUCAAAUUUUUGCACAUCUCAAUUUUACAGGAGAAGAAUUUCACAAAAAUAUUAGGACUCUCCAAGCAAUCAGAUUUUGACAGGCAGAGUUUAACUCCCAUUCUAAAAGGAUGUUGAAUAAUUGAAGGAAGAAAUUAUGUCAUUAAAAAAGGAGAAUCAAAAACUCAAACAUUAAAACUAAUAAUUAUGCUUUUAGAUAAAACUUGAUGAGAAAGAGUAAAUUGAGAAACGAACAACUCAAGAAGUAUCCGAUGAUUAAAUCAAUUCCAAUCAAAGCUAAAGACUUGCAGAGAAAUUAAAACAAGCUCGGCUGCUAUUGCAAGAAAAAUAGAUUGAAAUUGAUAACCUCAAAAAAAGUACUCGAUAUAUGCGACUCUAAGAAAUGGAAAAUGAACUAUGUACAACUAAAUUAAAGUUUGAGUUUUUAAACAAGUAAUUCAACGAAAUUCUCAGGACUGAAAGUGACGUGAAUAAAUUUCAAAAGUUAACUGUUCAAACUAUUGAAUUAGAAGAAUAAUUGAGAUAAUUUUAAAAUUCGCACCAAAAGCAAAAGAAGAAGAUUCUGGGUCUUAGACAAGAGCUAUUGACAUGUCAAGCAAUGAAAGAGAAAUAUAAAAAGUCAUAUGAAUAAGCAUAAGCAGAUUUUGAGAAGUUCAAGAAGGAUCAUGAAUAGGAAAUCUAAAAGAAGAAUAAAUAUAAAGAAACCAUUGAGAAUCUCAAUUAAUAAUUAGCAGACAAAUAAGCAAUAAUAUAGUCAUUAUAGAAUGAUUUGGAUAAGUAGAGAAUGCUUGUGUCUCAGAAGCAACGCUAAUUUAAAGAUUUGGAAGAUCAAUAUCAAAAAAAAAAGUCAUGGCUCACAAAUAAAAGAGAAGUUUUUACUAACUUCUAGGAAAUUUUAGAUGAUAAGGUGAAUAAAAAUAAUAUUGUAAUCACAGAUGAUGAAAUGAUUUCUUCUGUUAAGUUAGGCUCAGAUUCUAAAAUUGUAAUAGAUGACGAUAUUAAAGAAAAAUCUCAGAUUAUACCAAAUCGAAUUAGUGUUGAGUCUGCCAAAGAGGAAUACAAACCUUCGUAGGUUAUAAGUUCAAUUCAAGAAACAGAAUAAGUGAAAUAAAAACUUCCAAGAGUUAAUUUUUGUGAUGUUGAAAACAUUGGAAAAAUUUUGAAAUAUUAAUUAUUGUCAGAAAAAAUUCCAAUUGAAGAAAUUCAUACAUUUUUCGAUUAGAAAUAAGAAAUUACAAUUGCAGAAUUAGUGGACAUACUAUCAGCUUAUCCAUUUAAUAUUUAGGAUAAUAAAUAAGCAUUGCUAUUGGCACGUUAUUUAAUCGAAGAUAAUUCAUAAUAAUUUGUUGAUUAUCGACCUUCAUAAGUUAAUGAUGUUUGUGUCAUAAAAAGUGUAUUGAAGAAUGUCAUAGGGAAAUACACUUUAAUGAAUGAAGAAUAAUAGUAACAAAUAAUGCAAUCGAUUGCUUAAUAGAUUUGGAAAUUCAGAUAGAUGGUCGUAGAAUAAAUCAAGAUAAUAAUAUAGAAGAAAACUAACUCGUAGUUUUGCGAGUUUUGCGAUGAAAAUGAUUUUAAGGGUGGAUUGCAAUCUAGUAAUAUUAUAUUGGAUGAAAAACAAAAGGAAUUUUUGGGAUAAUACAUCUUUAAGGAAUUCAAUGGGAAUAAACUGUUUGAUUAUAAAGGUCUGAUUGAUAAAUUUGGAUUCGCCCUUCAGCUUAAUUCACCAUCUAAAGUGGAAAUUAAAUAGCCACAAUGA